AUGGCUGCUUAUGCUUCUUUGGCUCCUUUAGGCACGUCGCUGCAUCAUCUUCUAAAUUCUUCUCAAAUUCAACUUCAACCUUCGAUCGAAAACCUCCUACAAUCCGCGUACGAUGAAAUUGUCUCCUUACAAAAAGUUGUCGAGGAUUUUGAUCCAUUGAAAGUAAGCGCCAACGGCAGCGAGAGAGCGAAGGCAUUGGAUAGAUGUAUAAAAGAGACGGUCGACAAGUUUGAAGAUGCACUUGAACCCCAAUUAUCGACUCAAUAUCUUAAGCAAAUCAAAGAGUUGGAUCAAAAUCGCACGCAAGAAUUCAUACUUGACCUCGGGGAGGUGGAGCAAGAGAUUGUGUCUUUUAUCGAAAUUUUGAUGAAGUUAAAGGAGGAGUAUUUUGAAAACAUGAAUUUGAAUGUUAAUGAAAUGUCUUAUCCAAGAAAAUCCGGUGAAAGCGUGGAGGAUUCCGAAGAGGCCAUUGAUUACUUACGAAAAAAGUAUCGUGAAGAAAACAACUCAGGGAAGGAGGUCGAGGAAGUGGAAGAUGUUGAGUAUGACGAAGAAUUUUGGCGAUCAACGAGUAACUACCAAAUGGUUGGAUUAGUCGAUAAAUUUGUUGAACUAAGGUCUUUGGUUGUAAGAAGCUCGUAUGCGAUUAUAAGCGUAGUUGGCAUGGCUGGUAUUGGUAAGACUACUCUGGUUAAACAACUUUUUAACGAUCCAUUGAUUUUGAAUCAUUUCAAGUAUCGCGCUUUUGUCUCGAUAGGACAAAAGUAUGAGUCGAAGCAAGUGAUAAUAGAUGUAUUGUCUCAAAUAGAGAAUCAUGACAUUGAAAUGUUGCGAAGUUUAUCGGAGAAAAAAUUGUACGAGUAUAUGCAAAGAACUCUAGAAGACAAGAGGUAUUUACUCGUACUAGACGAUGUGUGGGACACUCAAUUAUGUGUCGAAUUAAGCCUAUACGGAGGGGAAAAAUGUCGAGUCCUCUUAACAUCAAGGGUGGAAAGUGUUUACGGUUCAAUCACAACAAACUUUUAUACGCGUUUCCUUAAUGAAGAAGAGAGUUGGUUCUUACUUCGCGAGAAAGUUUUUGGUAAAGAUUCUUCGUGCCCUUCGAAGCUCGUGGAAGUUGGUAAGAAGAUAGCCAAGAAUUGCGAAGGGCUCCCUUUAGCUAUUAUUGGCGUCGCCAAACUCUUACCCGAAGGCGAGAAGACGGUAGAGUAUUGGAACAAGGUAUCCGAAGACGAGAAUCCUCUUUCGAUUGGUAUGGAUGAGCAAAAACCUAUGUUCGAUACAUUGUAUUCGAGUUAUCAUCCGUUGUCCCAAUGCUUAAAAUCUCUCUUUUUGUACAUGGGAGUUUUUCCGCGAAAGCAUGAGAUCGUCGCCUCGAAGUUAAUCUUGCUAUGGGAGGCGGAGGGCUUUGUCCAAACACGAUUAAUCGACAAUGGUUGGGAACAAAUCUUCUUCACGACGUGUUUGGAAGAGCUCGUGUCGCAAAAUGUUGUUUUGAUUGUCGAGACGACCUUGGAAGGUAAGAUCAAAACUUGCAAGCUCCAUUCUGUGUUUUGGCAUCUUUGCAUCGGCGAAGCGAGGAAGGAAAAUCUUUUCCGGAUUGUUCGAGGAUAUUCAAGCGAUUCAUUCGCCGAAUGGAUAAAAGGCCAACGACGAUUGUGCGUUCAAAACAACACCUUGUUCGGGAUUAGAGAUUCGUACGAGUCGAUAUCAUCUCUUUCGAACGCGCGCUCGCUUCUUUGCACCGGCGCGCGCCAUGAUUAUCCGGUGCCUAUGUGUUUCGACAUGAUGUUGCUCCGAGUGCUCGAUGCUCUUACAAUCCGUUUCUACGUGUUCCCCUACGACGUCGUGAAACUAGUCCUAUUAAGGUAUCUUGCAUUCACUUACACCGGAAUUCUCCAUUCAUCGAUAUCCAAGCUUUGGAAUCUUCGAUUCUUGAUCAUCCGGCGACAUCUAUGCAUCAUAUCGCCUAAACAUCCGUUACAUUUGCCGAUAGAGAUUUGGAACAUGAAAGAACUUAGGCAUCUUCACAUCACCGGAGCUAUUCUACCCGAGCCUUACGUAGGCGCCAUCCUACCGAAACUAACAACAAUUUUGGACAUCAAUGCUCGGAGUCUUACACCAAAAGUUGUCGAUGCCAUUCCAAAUGUCGAAAAUUUAGGAAUUGAGAUCGACUCAUCGACAGAUGAUCCAUUUGCUUUCUUCAACCAUGUUUCUCGACUCGAUAAAUUGACAACCCUCGAAUGCUCCAUUCUCAAUCCGAAGCCCAAGUCGCAAACUAUCGCUCCCCCUUCUCCGGCAGGGAUAUUUCCUCUGAUGCUUAGAAAGCUAACCUUAAGUGGAUUUGGAUAUCCAUGGAAGUACAUGAAGGAGAUUGGCAAGUUAAAGUUUUUGGAAGUUCUCAAGCUACGAAACUACGCCUUCCAAGGCGUCGAGUGGGAAGCGAAUCGUUGGGAUAAUCCGAAUCUAAAGUUUCUAAGUCUCGAAGAUCUCGACUUGGUGCAUUGGAGACUCGGUCCCUUGUCGUUUUGUCGGCUCGUGAAUGUUAUGAUCAGCCAUUGCUACAAACUAGAGGAGAUCCCGAAGGAGCUCGGAUUUAGUUCUUCGCGAGUCGAAGCGAUCAAGCUAGUCGAGGUUAAACCUUCUGUUGUAAUGUCCGCUAAGGAAGUUCUCCGGCGACGAAACAGAGGAAAUGUCGAAAGAAUGCAGCUUGAAGUCGAUUGUUCGUGGGAAGAAGAUCUGCCUACCUAA